GAGAGAGAGAGCCAUACAAACAGACAGAAGGAGAAAUGAUCUAGUGAAUGAUUAGCUUUUAGCUGAUAUCUGCAUUGUAAAGCUGUACAGCGGGCAGGAAGUUAGCCAGGCAGGCCCUGGGCUAGGGGUGUAAAGUUCACCACACCUUAGCCAUUGUAGCGGUGGGUAGCAGCAUUCUCUCUCUGUGGUUCCCUCUCUCAGUCACAACAAGACAACAUCUAUUGAUCCUGUUCCUGAUCCGUGUUAGGAGGAGGAGGAGUGGGUUCUGAGACGUCCAACUGAAAGAUCACAAACAGCCAUACAUUACCAUUAUUCUCUGGGUGCUGUUGGCAACACCAAUACAAUGAUAACAAAAGAUUUGCCGUCGGAUCACAUCUAUGCGUACGCUCUGUCCAAGACUCUGAUUAAAGUGUCCUCUCCUGCCACGGUGGGCCUCUACUCAUCAUGUCAGAACCGCAUCAACAUGAUCCUCAGAUAUAUAGAGGUCCACAUGGAGCAGGAGGCAGAGAGGAGGGAGCAGAGUUACCAGGGCAGGUCCAAGCCUCGUUCCGUCAAAACCUCUAUCACUGGUCUCCUAGCUCUGAUCUGCAGGCUGCUGUUCUACAGACCCGUCUGGACCGAGGAGAACCAGCGACGGAAGAAUGUCCGGUUCAUCUAUGUUCGGUUCUCCGCAUGGCACUUCGCCGGGAGUGACCUCCUCUGGGCAGGGCUGGUGAUGAGACUGUGCCUGGCACUGCAGGAGAGCUUCGGGAAACUUCAGCUGGGCCUGUACCGCGUGGCGCAGCACAACGAGGAGGAUGAGGUGAGGAAGAAGGUGAUUGAAAACACAUCGUCAGAGUGGAGAUCUAAGAAGUUCUGCUGUUUCCCUACCUGGUCCCUGGUCCUGGCCUUGCUGCUGGCUGCUCUCAUAGUCCUCGUCUUCCUGAUGAAGUAUGGCUUCCCGGAGGUUCCAGAAGCACCAGAGCUGGACGGACUGGGAUCAGGAAAUGGAACAGGAGAAGAAGGUCAGAGUGAAGCCCAAAGAGGGGCCGGGGUGUUGGAGGGCCUGACGUUCGCUGUCUUCGGGGUUCCUGCAGCAGCAGCUAUACGAUUUAUCUUCCAGAUGGGAAAGAACCUGAUCUUCAACCAGGACCUGAACGUCCGUAAUGCGCUGGACAACGAGAGGGUCAGCGGCCAACUGGGGUUCAUGAACGAGGUGAGGAAGGAGAUGUGGCUGUUAUCCAGGUUCAUCCAGUUCAUGGAGGUGUUUGAGCAGAGGAGGAUCCGCGUGGUUCUGGAGAUCACUAACCUGGACCGAUGUGCUCCUAAGAAGAUCGUUGGUGUCCUGGAUGCUAUCAGUAUACUGCUCUCUGAUGAGGAGUCCCCCUUUAUCUCUCUGCUGGCAGUCAACCCUGAGGUCCUUGUUCAACAGGUGAACUAUGCAGACGGGUGCUUCAGUCAAGAAGACAGAGCCUAUGCCUUCUUGAACCGCAUCGUGACCCUGGCCUUCACCAUACCGCCACUCUGCCACACCUCCAAGCACAAGGUGUUCUACAAUAUCGUUAGCGGCCAAUCAGAGAUCACGGAAGAAGUCAAGGGUCAUGGGUCAAAGGGGAUCGAGCUGAGAGAGCUGGACCUGGGCAGCCCGAAGUCAUCCCUCUCCUGGAUCGAGAGCACCUCCCAAACAAAGGAGACGUCAAGUUUUCUGAAGGAGGCCAGUAUUCCUUUGAUAGACAACAACCACAUCAAGGCGGCGCACGUGGUGUUUGCGCUGAGUGAGGACGAGGUGGACAAGGCAAUAGAAUCUGCGUUGGAGAGCAUCCUGUCCAGUAACAGAGGGAACCUCCACCACUACAUCUCUGAUGACACCAUGUCCAUGAGACGGGUCAUCAACUCCAUCAGGGUGACCGUGGUGCUCAUGGAGGCUCUGAAGACUGAGCUGCCCCUGCCAGAGAACAUCGCUGCCUGGGUCGUUCUUGCCAACCAUUGGCCCUGUCGUCUCAGCUGGAUACUACAGUGUCUGGAGGACGAGCAGCAGAGAGCAGAGAUCGAUGACGCUGUCGGGACGGCGACACUCGUCGACGAGUCGAAGACUUUGUGGGAGGUGUUCAGCGAUUCGAGGAUGGAGCUUCACAUGAUGAGGGAGGAGAUCGAAGACCUGCUGGAACAGGACGGAGAUCCAGAGAUGUUUGAGAUGUUCCUCAAGGUGCAUUUCCAGUUCAGGGUGAGAGACGCGGAGAGGUUGAAGCUGACCACGGUUAACCUGGAUCAUUCUAUCAGGAGGCAGCUGGCCCGGAUCAGAGGGACCACCAGACUGAAGAAUUCUGGGUGGGGGAGGAACCUGGCUCCUCUCAACAUCAGGACUGUUAUCAACAUGACCUCUGAGGAUGUCUGCAAAGCGCUGGCAAGGAUGAAUCUCCCUAAGAAGUACGCAGACAUCGUCCGUAGCAAUGACCUCACCGGCCAGGCGCUGGUCUUCGGUGAUCCUGACGACCUCAAACAGCUGCUCCAGAUGACCUUCGGGGAGUGGACAACCUUCAGACUCCACUUCCUGGGUAUCGGUGGGAGGCCCCAAGGUGGAGCCAAGGCCACGUCCCUAAACCUAAACCCCAAACAACUGACCAAUCAGCAGUCCAAACAACCCCAGUUCAGUUCCCAUAGCCACGGGUCAACAUUAAAUCUGUCUUUUUCUUGAUGCCGUGGCGAGAUAGAGAUGCAUGAAAACGGAUGAAAUCUGAUACAUAUACAGACAGAUGAUCUGUGAGAAUGGCCUGUGUAUUGAUGUGUAGUACCCAUGAGAACCUACUUACCUAUUGUGUAAUAACAGUGAACUGCAUUCCUCUACCAGCUCCUGUUGGAUCUAUAGAGCUUUCAGUUGCUCAAACCAGACACUAGGUGGCGCUGCCACUGGAUACAUGUCAAAGGGACUUACUGUCAACCAACAAAAUAAAAUAACACACACAAAAAUGUAAAAAUGUAACAAAAAGGGUCUCUAGUUGAAUACUACUCAUAUUACAGAGUGGUAAAACUUCGUAUGACACCAAGUUUAACUUUGUAGCACCUACAGAGGAAAUAUAGUCUCAGAGGAGGCCUGGGUAAGGCUGAAAUGUCAUAAAUAUACAGACUUCUUUCAAUUAUUUAUCAAUUCUGCUUUUAGAUACAAAUGUCAAUAAUAUGUCAACAAUCCACCAGUGGAGGCUGCUGAGGGGAGGACAGCUCAUAAUCAUGGCUGGAACGGAGAAAAUGGAACGGCAUCAAACAUCUGGAAACCAUGGAAACCAUGUGUUUGGUGUAUUUGAUACCAUUCCACUCAUUCCGCUCCAGUCAUUACUAUGAGCCUGUCCUCCCCAAUUAAGGUGCCGUCAACCUCCUGUGAAAUCCAUCCCCUAUUCAAUUUCAUGAAAAUCCCCAAAGUCAUGGACUCAUUUUUGUCCUGGUUUCAUUGGUAAGAAGAAGGCCCCUCUCCCCACAGGUGUGAUUACUACCGCUAAGGGUUUAGAGCUUGAGGUAGUCACCUCAUACAAGUACUUGGGAGUAUGGCUAGAGGUACACUGUCCUUCUCUCAGCACAUAUCAAAGCUGCAGGCCAAGGUUAAAUCUAGACCUGGUUUCCUCUAUCGUAAUCGCUCCUCUUUCACCCCAGCUGCCAAACUAACCCUGAUUCA